UUCCAAAAUAUGUGUCUGGCAACCCUGCGCCUUGGCGCCAUUUUGAAUUAUCAAACGUCAAGCCAACAGUUGUAUAGUUGAUGCUUCUAGUUGUGACGAAAAAUCUCAAAAGUAUUCUCUUCAUAAUCCGUAUUAUAAAAGUUUAUAUAAAUUCUUAAAGAUGUCGGAGGUGUAUAAGGCUGUGUGUGAAAAACUACUACUUAAGGAAGGCAAGUCAAACGACUUGUGUUGUUUGUGCUUAACAGUAGUCGAUGAGCACGCCAUUUCUGUGAACGAUGAAGUCAUGGUGUUCCCAGAGAAUGCCGAUGAAGAUUUGAAACUUAUGGGCAGGAUAUUGGUGGAAAUUCUGGGUGAAAAUAUUACCCAGUGCAUGUCUGUAUUUGAGUCAGUAUGCAAGCAGUGUGCGCAAUCAGCAAUUGACAGUUACAAAUUCAUUAAAAAAUCUAAGGAGACCAUGGAGAACCUGAUAUGUGCCACAGAUGAUCUUGGAAAUUGUUUUGAGAAUGUUUCUGAAGAAACAGACACCUACCAAACCCUGUACGUAUCAAUAGUUCCCAAGGAUAAAACAAUGCAACAAUUCUAUGAUGGAAAAAAGCAAACAAAUCCCAGUGAAACAGCAUUAGCACGAUUCCAUUUUAUUGCUUACGGAUCUACUAAACCCGUAAAGGGCAAUGAUGGUUACAAGAAACCCAGGGAUUACUCUACUAUUUUUAUUAAGACUCAUGAACUAGUAGCUGACCCGAGCAAGCCAAAGGAAUACAAGUGUAAGAUGUGUCUUAAAAUGUACCCAACUUCAGGUAAUCUACGACAGCACUUCUUUUCAGCUCAUUUUAAAAAGGAGUUCCCUUGUUCCGAAUGUUCAAAAAGUUUUGGCACUGCUGGCCUGUUGCAAACACACAUGUCUAUUAGCCAUUGCACUGUAGAAUGUAGUGAGUGUGGUAAAGUGCUGCUCAACAGAACUAGUACUUUAAAACGCCAUGCUAAGAUACAUUCCAAGUCUCGUAAGAUCUGCUAUAGAUGCGGAAGAAUGUAUAAGAAAGUUACAGACUUUAACAAGCAUAUGGCUCAGGAUACUUGUCAGAUGCCUUCUAGGAUUCCAGGUGACUACACAUGUGACACCUGUGGCUAUCAUUGCAACUACAAACACCAGCUUCUAAACCACAUCAAGUAUGAGCAUACAGAUGCAGAGGGACAUGUUUGCCAGUGGUGCAAUAGGAAGUGCUACAGUGCUUCUGCCUUAAAGACACACAUUCUCAAGCAUACUAAGGAAAAAAAUUAUGUCUGCUCUGUAUGUGGUGGCAAAUUUGUUACAAAGCAGUCUUUAAUAAACCACACAAGGCUCCAUACAGGAGAGAGACCUUAUCCAUGUAAUCAAUGUGACCAGAGUUUCCUAUCUGCUUCAAGAAGGAAUGAUCAUAUAGAACGGUACCAUGUAAGCAAAACUUUUGAUUGUGAUCUAUGUGAUGCCAAAUACAGUGCAAGAAGAUCCCUAGUCAAACACAGGAAGAGGCACUUUACUAUGGAUCAUGAAUAUUAGAACUUUAAAGAUAUGUUAUGUACAUAAUGUAUGUAUAUUAAUGGAAUAGAUUUUUAGUUUUAAAAUAUAAAUUGAGCUUGAAUCUAAAGCAAUAAAUAACAUCAUGGAUUAACGCUUAUUUUAUUAUUAAAUUGUAAUGGAUGUAAGGUAUCAAUUGAAGUUGUGUGUUAUAUUUGGCUAUGUACUUCUUAUUUAGUGUGGAAAUAUGUAUGUCAUUGUGGAAUAAUAUAGAAUAUGAUGACAAUAAUAA